AUCCGAUCGAUGCUUCUUCCUAACCCGAAAAUUAAAAAAAAAAUUAAAAAUCGCAAGAUUUAAGAGCAAGUAGGAGAAGGGUUUAUGCUGGGGUUUUAGCGUUCUUCACUUGUUUUUGUGGAAAUUGAGCACACACUUUUGAAGAAAAAGUUUUCCUCACUUGGGUUAUGGCAGAAAUCGAACCCAAAUUUCAAAAAAAUAUCUAUUAAUAGUUUGGGGAUUUAAAGGGUGAUGAAAAGGAGUAGAAAGUUCAAUUGGUGAUUUUGAACGUGGGUUUGUUAUACAUAUACCAGACUGAUGUUUAGAAGCAACAAUAUUACUGCAAGGAUAUUUGAGCGUCAGAUUCGAACUCCUUCUCCUGGUACCAGUAUUCAUCGUGCUAGGAGAUUUUACGAAAAUAUAGUUCCAGGUUAUACGAUAUAUGAUGUUGAAUGUCCUGACCAUUCAUUCCGCAAGUUCACAGAAGAUGGCAAGUACCUGAUAAGUUUCAGCAGAAACCAUCAGGAUUUGAUCGUCUACCGACCAACAUGGUUAUCAUUUUCAUGCAAACAAGAAGAUUGUGAUACUCAAGAUCUUCCACCAAAAGCGAAGAAGUUUGAGAGUUUCUUCACUCAAAUUUACUCUGUGCCACUUGCUUCCGCAAGUGAGCUCAUAUGUAAGGACUUCUUCCUUUAUGAAGAGACUAACCAGUUCGGACUUUUUGCAACUUCAACUGCACAAAUCUACGAUGCCCCUGCUACUGGAGGUGCUAUUCAGGGAGUUCCCUCAAUCGAAAAAAUAACGUUCCAUCUUCUGAGAUUGGAAGAUGGAGUUGUACUUGAUGAGAGGGUUUUCUGCAAUGAUUACAUCAAUUUGGCACACAGCAUGGGUGUUUUUCUAUAUGAUGAUUUACUUGCUAUAGUCUCUCUCCGUUAUCAGCGUAUUCACAUACUUCAGAUUAGGGAUUCGGGGAGUCUUGUUGAUGUACGAGCAAUUGGGGAGUAUUGUCUUGAAGAUGAUGAACUUUUUCUCAGUUCUAGUGCGCAGGGCAUGUCAAAUGUUGACAGAAGCGCACCACAACACAUGACCAUGAACAAUGCUGCAAAUGGCCCUCAUCUUGAACAGCCUGCUCAAGAAAAUCCGUUCUUGACUGGUAUAAAACAACGGUUACUUUCUUUUAUAGUCCGAGGGAUACGGAAUGAAGAAAAAGAUGAAACUAUGAGAAUCCAAUCCCUCAAGAAGAAGUUCUACUUUCACUUUCAAGAUUAUGUAGAUUUGAUUAUAUGGAAGGUGCAAUUCUUGGAUCGACAUCACUUACUAAUCAAGUUUGGGAGUGUCGAUGGAGCAGUGUCCCGAAAUGCUGAUAACCACCCUGCAUUCUUUGCUGUAUAUAACAUGGAAUCAACAGAAAUUAUUGCAUUUUAUCAGAUGUCCUCCGAUGAGCUCUAUUGGUUGUUUGAACAGUUUUCUGAUCAUUUCCAUGUCCCAUCAAAAAGUCCCCCGUAUAUGAAUUUUAUAUCAUCUCACUCGAACAACAUUCAUGCUCUUGAGCAACUGAGAAGCAGUAAAAACAAAGCUACGAGCUUCUCCCUGUUUGUUAAGAAAGUGCUGGCCUCUUUGCCGUUUAAUUGUCAGUCUCAGAGUCCUUCACCCUAUUUUGAUCAGUCUCUAUAUAGAUUUGAUGAAAAGCUUAUUUCUGCGGCUGACCGACAUAGACAGUCGACUGACCAUCCAAUCAAGUUUAUCCUAAGGAGGCCUCCACAUACCCUCAAGUUCAAAAUUAAACCAGGUCCCGAAGCUGGCAUUACAGAUUGCAGGACAAAGAGGAUAUCUUCAUUUCUUUUUCAUCCCAUUUUCCCUCUCGCCCUUUCGGUUCAGCAAACGCUGUUUUUGCAGCCUGCUUUCGUAAAUAUUCAUUUUCGUAGAUAACCCCAGAUAGCGAAAUGUGUUAAUCACCAUGAAACGUCGUCAUUGAAACUGCAUUUUAACUGCAAAGUUCGUAACCACGUGUUGUUUAGUUCACGUGGUGGAUGUUAUGGCUGAAUUGAAUCGAUACAGUUGUAUUUUCCCAAAAUUGGGACCAAAUUUGUACAAGUAUUCUUUAGAGAUUAGAAUAUAAUUAAA